CACCAUCUUGGCUCCAGACUACAUUAUAUUUUUUUGGCGUCGUCUUCGUCCAGCGAGCGUGUUCAUCGAAAUAUACAAGCGGAUCAAAGCUACUUGGAAUAGAUCUACCCUCUAUUCGCGACAAUGAGAGACUCGGCGGCACAAGCGAGUCCGGCGGCGGCGCCUGCGACCACGCAGAAGUGGAUCGUCUGCCGGGUUUGCCUGCAGCAGCCAAAGGAGCCCAUGGCCAGCAUUUUCAACGACGAUUCCGAGAAGGACCUGACCAACAUGAUCCGCGAGUGCGGCGGAGUGCCCAUCAAGCAGUUCGAUCACUAUCCGGAUAAGAUAUGCGAGAAGUGCUUCAGGGUGCUGAAGAUGGCAUUCAAGUUCCGGGAGACCUGCCAGCGUUCCUACGGCCAUCUGCGGCAGUUCGUGGGCCCCGUGGAGGUGGAGCAGCGAACGCCGGAGAAGAAACUGGAAGAGCAAGCCCCCAAACUGGAGCAGGAACCCGAGGAGGCCGAGCAGCAGCAGCAGGACCACGACGAGGAAGAGGAGGAGGAGGACCUGGACGAGAGCCAGUACGCCGAGGGCGAGGCGGAUGAGUCCGCGGAGGCCCAGAGCGGCGUCUUCCACGACGACAUGGAGGAGGGCAUAAUUGUGGAACUGGAAAAGGAUCGCAUUGUGCAUGUCAAGAGCGAGCAGGUGGAGGAGGACGGCAUCAUCGAGGAGGUGUACGACGUGUACGAGACCUACGAGGGCGACAUUCUCGCCGAGCAGGGCGGCUACGACCAGGAAAUGGCCGAUCAAUCCCUAUCCGAACUAUCAGCAGACAUCGAAUACUUGGAGCAGGUUGAUCAGGAUCAGUUGACCGAAAGUGCCAACGAGGACGACGCAGAUGGAGAUAUGAACUCCACCGAGGAGGAGUUCCUGCCCACCAAAAGUGUUCGAGCAUCCAUCAAUGCCAGAGGAGCCACCAAGCGGAGAGCGAAUCCCCGCAGAUCAGCCACAUCAACUGCAUCGGUGGCUGCUGCAUCGGGAACCUCCAAGUCAACCGUCCGCGCAAAUUUGCUGAAAGUCCGGCGAACUAACAAUGAUGCGGCCACAACCAAGAUCGUCAUAAACUCCGACGAGGGCGUAUCCAUUGGCGAGGUGCUGGCGCGGAAGCAUUCGGGCAUCAAAACCAAGGGCGGCCACAAGAUCCUCGUCGGCGACAAGAAGGAGUUUAAGUACAUCUGCGAUGUGUGCGGGAAUAUGUAUCCCUCCCAGAGUCGCCUCACCGAGCACAUCAAGGUCCACUCAGGUGUAAAGCCGCACGAGUGCGAAAUCUGUGGGCACUGCUUCGCUCAGGCCCAGCAAUUGGCCCGUCACAUGAACACCCACACUGGAAAUCGGCCGUACAAGUGCAGCUACUGCCCUGCAGCCUUUGCGGACCUGUCCACUCGAAACAAGCACCACAGGAUCCACACCAAUGAGCGUCCCUACGAGUGCGAUGUGUGCCACAAAACAUUUACGUACACCAACACCUUGAAGUUCCACAAGAUGAUUCAUACGGGAGAGAAGCCACAUGUUUGCGAAGUAUGCGGCAAGGGCUUCCCGCAGGCGUACAAACUGCGUAACCACCGGAUCAUCCAUGAGCGACGCGGUCAAUCCACACGCGAAGCCGUGGGCGGUCUGCUGCCCUACGACUCGGCCAACAUUGUGGGCCUGGAGAUGUAAACUUCUAGCGAGGACUCCUCGUCGUCCGAAAGCGACACUCUAAACAUUAAACAGACACACGCGUGUAAUUACACAUCUAAGUAUAUUGAUGAAAUUUAA